AUGUCUCGAAACAGGGUACCUACGGGGCCAAGGUUUCAGUCUUUGGCGUUGGACAAGGCGGGAAAGUCCAAAUACCGCUACCUAGAGUUCAAGUACUUGUACUUCCAGGUGCAGAAGCUCAUCCACAAGAAGGUGGUGCUUAGUUUGAAAUAUGAGCAGAUGAGGACGCCCGAGAUCAGAACAGCUUUGAUAAAGCCUAUAGUGCAGAGGUUGGUGGAGAUCGCCAAACUUUCUUCUUUGCAAGCGGUGUUUAAUGGCCAGGUCUCUGGCGCUCAAUUUGACAUCUUUGAUACCCCACAGUUUGCUCCAGUCUCUUACGGCUCAGUGCAAUCAGAAACUCAGGGUUUGGGCUCCCAGGGCCCUAAUGCAUUGUCGUCGAGCCUUAUAUACGUGCUUUUGCUUCUACGGUACGAGUUCAUGAUCCAGAUGGAGAGCAACUUCGUCAUGUACGAUUUGCUCCUGACCAAGGCCAAUAUCUGUGAAGUUUUGGCAAUCAGAAUGCUUCGAGAAUACCGCUCAGACAGCCGCAUCAACUUGUUGUUUGUCAAUCCAAUGGGACUUCGGCAUGGCCACGAAGAAAACCAGAUCUUGAAAGACACGAAGCACUUGGACAGCUUCAACACGCUCGAGCUUUCUAUUCUCACCAAAUCCAAGAAGUUCUUGUCUCAGCCGGUUAUCGUUCACAUCAUGGAGCGGAUCUACAACGGAGAGCUCAUUAUCAUGGAGCAGGCAGGUGGUCAGGAGAACAGCUGGCUUGGUAUCUUGGGUGGAUCAAACGCACAAAAGAAGAAUGACUUUGAGCUUCCGACUGUUCCAGAGGAGCAGGAGUCUGAGAAGAACAUCGUCGAUUACAAGUACAACAAGGUCACGUUGAAAAAGGUGGUGUUCAGGUCCCACAUUGUACCGAAGUACCAGUCCAUCGUGAUCAACCUCAAAUAUGCAUUCCUCACGCUCCUCUUCUUUAUCCUUGUUCUUCGACACAAGGAACAUUGGACGGUUGAGGUUGGCGAGACGGUAUUCAGCAAGUUGUUCUCGUUUUUGUUCUGGUCAGUUGCGCUCAGUUUCAACUUUGACAACCUCCAGAAGCUCCUCCAUAUCGAGUUCAAGUUCCUCAAGAAGAUCGUGUGGACUUACUUUGACUUGUUGAUAGUGGCGCUCAUUGACGUUUCUUUCGUGCUUCGGGUACUACUUGGCCUUGGGAAAAUAGAUGCUACAGUCUACUAUAACUUUUUCAGCUUGAUCCCCAUCUUGCUUUUCCCAAGGAUGCUUUCGGUGUUCAACAACUACGAGUUCUUCAAUAUGAUGAUCUUGUCGUUCAAGAAGAUGUCUCUUUACAUGAUAGCCAUGUUCUCGCUCUUCGUGUCGCUCAUCUUCGGUUUCUUCUUGUGCUUCAUUAGUCUCACAAUAGACUUGACCGUGUACGAGGUUGCAUUUAGCAUGUUGAAGCUAUUCUUCGGCUUCACCCCAGCUGUGUGGGACAACUGGAACAGAUACAACAACUUGGGCAGGGUUGUUCAGCUUGCCUACUUGUUCUUAGUGCAGUUCAUCGUGGCAACCAUUCUUGCCAUUGUGCUUAGUAACGUCUUCACGGAAGUGACACUCAAGAACAAGGAGGAGUUUGAAUACAUCAAGACCACCAACCUCAUUAUCUACCUCAAAUGGGGCAAGUUGAAUUAUUCGAAAGACCCACAGAGGUCGCCGUUUUUGAUUGUGUUCAACGGAAUCGUGAGUGUCUUCAAGAUGCCCACCAUCAGCAUGAUCUAUUUGUAUGAGAUUCUUGUCAAGGACAACAAGCGGCUUUUGCAGAAGCAACAAAAGGAUCUCAAGCAUUUCACUUUCUUGAGUAAAGAGGAUGACUUCUACGCAGACAGCGAUAUGGUUAUGGCUGGACAGGCUCACGAUGAUGAUUCAGAUGUGAGCACACUUCGGAUGAAUUCGAGGAGAGGAUCACAUUUUGCCAUGCCCCAGAACACUAAUGGAGCUGGAAGGAACAUAUCGCAUGCAUCCAACGCUGUAAUAUUUGGCGCCCAGGACGACAACCGUACCCAUGCCACCUCAAUCCCACGGCAUCUCAUUCCAAAGUACUCGAUCAACACUUUAGGAGGAUUGCGUAACGCCUCGGAGGAUCUGGCGUUCCUUGAAGAUUUCCUAGGCAAACGGUACGGCAACUACGGCAAGAAACGGCGCAGAGUGAGAAGCAGAGGAGUCAGCGGAGAGAGCAGGCCCAAGAAGCGGCUGCAAAAGGCCGAUUUGGCUGCUGUGAUGGACAAGCUCAACCAGCUCGAGGCGAUGAUAUACGGAGGCGACCGCCGGGUCAGUCUGGAGUACAAAAGCGGUGGAGAAGAGAUGUACGAUCUAACUGAGGCCUUGAGUUGCGAGAGUGAUCCUGAUAACAGCGACAACAGCGACGACAGCGAUAUGUCGAGGAGUCUGUUUGGCACGAUAUAA